AUGUCAUCCCUGAUAUCUCCUCAGUUUCACAGUCGCAAUGAUCUGCGGGAAUGGCCGGCCCUCCUUCGCAAAGGCGCUCGAUCGCUCAAGAUAGAUCCUCAUUUUGUGGACCACAUGUCCGAUAAGUUCAUCCUUUCUCACAACACGCCACUCCCUUGGCAGUACCAUCAGAAUGAAUACAGUACUCUGGACGACGUCUUGGUCUUUUUCCAACAUGCUCCCUCUUAUCUGCACGGACAACACAUUGACAUUGCCCUCUGCUUCAAGGCGGCUCCUCGCGAUUUGUGUCAUGCCGACCCCAGCGAAGAGGUGCGACACUGGAUGCACAUGGCAGACACUUUCUUUGCACAAGCCGACGUGGUCGUUCAACAGAUCCAACAAGAAAUGAGUAUCACCUUGACCUUUGUACUGGAUGGCGACGGCAAGCCCUGUGACUGUUUGGCCGACAAGUUCUUGCCGUGGAAAUCUGUCUGGAUUGACAAGGACGAGUGCAGUCGAGAUUGCUACAACAGUACUGACGGAUUCUGUCAACGAUUCACAAUCCUCAAUGAUCCCAUCACCAGUGAUUGGCGCGGUAUGGCUGCCGCAGAUGCUCAUUAUGGAAAGUUUGGACUCAAUCGUAACCAAACCCUGCAAAUCUGGGAGCCUGAUGCUCAGCUGGAAAUAUCACAGCUCAUUGAGGGAUACCUCCAGGGAUAUCAUCAGGGAGUGCCGUCUGGUGGUGGAUUGGCAUUUGCUACCAACACUGAUCAAGCCAUGUUUGAUACCUUUACGGCAAGACCCUUGGCGGGGACGAGACAUGCCAGAGGAUUCAACUUGGUGGUACAGGAUGACCGCGGUGCUACGGAACCUAGCCUUGAAUACAAAGAACCAGGAAAAGUGAUGUUGCGCUACCAAACCAACCAGAAACAAGUGGAGCGCACUCUCACAUUCCAACCAUUCACCAAACUAGAGGUCGGGUCGCCUGUUCAUGGCAUAUUGGAGCUGGGCCCAACAGAGACGUCCUUCUUUCGCGAUAGCAGCCCGAGAGACAUUAUUCAAGCGGAGUUGGGAACGACAGCGUAUCAUCAGCUGUCCUCCUGGAGUGUCCUGAAGGUUUUGGACUACUCGUUCAUCUUUGCCGCCGUUGGAGGGAAGGUUUACGCAGCAGCCAACCGGGACACUUACUCUGCUUCUUGGGACUUCCGCUUGAUUGGAUUGGGAACGCAUGUACAUGCGUCCUCGCUCAACACGACCGUGCUGCUCGUCACGGAAGGAAACCAUUGCUACAAUUCACACGAAAACAACAUUCGUGCCGGUCCCUUGGUGUGUAGUCCACAGGAACAUACCAAGAGACAUGCUUGUCCGUUUGCAUUGGACUACAGUGUCGCUACGGCUGAAAACUGGUUCCUGUGGCUACAAGGGACUCGUUCCGUGAUUACCUCCUGCAAUAGUCACAUUCUCCAUGGAACCUUCUCGGGGGGACAAAAGCCGUCUGGUGCUCUCUUUCCUCUCCACCGCUCAGGUGAUGAAAAACAACAAUCCGAGGACAAGGUGGGCAUUAUGGUUGCUCACGAGCCGUUUCCAGAAAACGCUCAAAGCCAGUGUGGUAUGCCUCUGACGGGGGAGAAGGGGAUUGUCCUUGCUUCUUUUGCUAUUCCCGUUGUCAGAGACCGCUUCUCAGAAACUGUUCAACACGAAACACGCGUUGCCAUGGAGGAAUCCAGUUUUGACGAUUUCAUGGGGAUCAAGGUUCUGUUUGCUUUAGGUCUCCUUGGGUGUUGGCUGGUGCUGCGAUGGAGGAGAAAACGAACAGAACCGUACUGGUACGAAGGAUGCUCGCAAGACCACCAAGCUGCCGAGCUUGUACCGGUAGCGGUUCAAGAACCCGUAUAA